AUGACACAAUCCCAUCUUCAUGAGGUCCGCGUGGACGACCUCGAGCUUGAAGCUGCAGGCUAUCAUCGUGCUAUGCCCCGUCGCUUCACCUUCUGGGCUCUGGCUGCGCUGUCUUUCGAUCUCACCUGCACUUGGCUCGGUACGGGGUCCUCGGUCGGUAUCAGCCUGACAGAGGCAGGCCCGGCAGGCACGCUUUGGUCUCUUGUCAUUGCUGGUACCAUGACCAUGGUAGUAUCCGCUGGGAUGGGAGAACUGGCUUCCGCUUACCCAGUAGCAGGUGCUCAGUACUAUUGGUCAUUCAUGGUGACGAGUGACAAGUACAAGCCAUUUGCAUCCUUCUUUAACGGCUGGAUGAGUAUCAUUGGUUGGUGGUUGGGAGCAGCGUCAGUCGCCAACUUCGUCGCUUCCAUGGUUCUCGAAAUAGUUGCUGUGUGGUAUCCGGAAUUUGAGAUUCACAGCUGGCACCAAUACUUAAUCUAUGUUUGCCUCACAUGGAUUUCUGUUGCAGCAAACGUCUUUGGUUCGGCCUGGAUCCCCGCCUUCAACAAGAUGCUUUUCGUACUGUCGGUCCUCACUCUGUCAUCAACCAUGUUCACCCUCUUCAUCGCUAGUCGUAACAACCAUGCGGACGCUUCGUUCAUUUUCGCCGAGGCCACCAGCCGUACUGGUUGGUCGAGCGAUGGCUGGUCAUUCAUGCUUGCUGUGGGCAAUGCUGUGUAUUCUUUCCUGGGAAGCGAUUGUUCAGCGCAUCUGUGUGAAGAGAUUGCGAACCCGGCCAAGAUGGUGCCACGGGUCAUCGUUUGGCCACUUUUAGUCGGCCUUCUGACUGCGUUCCCCUUUGCAGUGUCGCUGAUGUAUUCAAUCACCGACUUGGAUGCAGUCUUCAACACCAGCGCUGGCCUCCCAUUGAUCGAAAUUUACUAUCAAGGAACAGGCUCUCGGGUAGCCGCGUCUGUUCUUCUCGCACUAUUUGCAUUCUGUUUUUUCGGAAAUCUUGUGGCAAACGCUACAACCUCCUCGAGAACUCUGUGGGCCGUCUCUCGUGACGGGGCUCUGCCAUACUCCCAUCUGUGGGCACACAUCCAUCCCAUCUACGAGAUGCCUGCCAACGCCAUGAUGCUCUCUGCCACUUUCAUCACGCUGUACGGCCUGAUAUUCUUGGGUUCCACGACCGCCUUCUCCGCCAUGGUCAGCACCUGUAUCGUGUUUCUGCAGACGUCGUGCGUGAUCCCGCAAGCCAUAGUCUUGUACCGGGGCCGUGACCGUGUUCUUCCACCUCGCCAUUUCGACCUCGGCAGAUUUGGCGCGCCGAUAAACGCAAUUGCGGUUGCAUGGGUUGUGUUUCUCGAUGUUUUGUAUUGCUUUCCAACCUCGAUGCCGGUGACCGCGCAGAAUAUGAGCUAUGUGUCGGUGGUAGCGACGGGCUUGGUUGUUUUUGUAGUUUCGCUAUGGUUUACUACUAAGAGAGGCAUUUUCACUGGGCCGAAGAUCGACAUGGCUUUGUUGAUUGAGAGACGCAAUGCCGCCAUUCAGGGUGAGGUCAUCGCUGCCGUUGAAGUGUCUCCUAAAACCGAACAUGACGGGGCAAGCGAUGCUAAGGAUGAUAAGAGAUAA